AUGGCAUUCACAUUUGGGUCCAGUUCUAGUCAACCAUCCACAGGGUUUGGAGCCAAUGCAGGUCAAGCGACCACUGGAUUCGGUACGACACCAGCAACCACAAACACUGCAGCCGGCACUCUCUUUGGAGCAGGAACCACCAACAACACAUCAGCAGGAACAUUGUUUGGUGCGAAUACAGGCAAUGCGACAACUUCAACAACACCAUUUGGCACAACAAACAACACAACCAACGCAGCAGGCACACUCUUUGGAGGCACUGCUGCUGCUGCUGCUGCUGCACCAGGAAGCAGCUUUGGAUUUGGAAAUACCAAUACAUCUACAGUAACAACAUCAUCAGCACCGGCAGCAGGAUCAUCAUCAUUUGGCUUUGGAGGUACCAAUCCUAGCACAACCUUUGGACAAAAGCAAAAUACAGGAUUUGGUGCACCAACAAGCAACACUGGAUUUGGAUUGGGAUCGACUGGAUUUGGUGCUCAAAAUACCACUACUUCUACUACCACGGGUUUCAACCUUGGAUCAGCUAAUACGACAAGCAUAUUCGGUCAACAAAAACCUCAAGCAGCCACUGGAUUUGGCACCACAUCUUUCCUAGGCCAGCAACCACAACAGCAACUACAGCAACAGCAACAGGGUCAACAACAACAACAACAGCAACAACAAAACGUGUGGCAACAAUUAGCAUUGAUUCGUGCUCAUUGGGAUCCCUCCUCUCACUUGUGUCAAUUCCGACAUUACUUUUAUAAUGUUGUACCAGCAAAUGAACGACAUCGAUACACACGACCUGCUGAUCAAGACGAGCAUUUAUGGAAUGAAGCUAUGCAAAACAACCCCGAUCCCACAACUAUGGUUCCUGUUUUAGCGACAGGUUUUGGAGAUGUAUUGAAGCGAAUGGAGAUGCAAGAUAUCCAACUUGAUGCACACAAAAAGACAAUGAUGGAAAUUGGAGAGCGGCUAGAGACUGUUCAACAAAAGUACAUGCUUGGAUCACUCGUAAAGCUUGAUGAGCAACGACGACGACAUACCGAUCUCACACAACGAUUAAUACGGAUGUUGAAAUACGUCCAAGUGCUUCGAUACAAGGGCUUCCCACUGCAUGAUGAUGAACAUAGGCUAAUGGAGGUGUUGAAACAAAUGACCGAGCAAGCGCUUACACCAGAGCAACUCAACAACCGACUUCGAGAAUCAUGGGCCACGUUACAAGCCAUCAAGAGAAAGCGACAAAGCGGGAAUCAAGAUGGUUAUGAAGCAUGGCGUGCCACUAGUAAGGAGGACAUGGCACGCAUUGCAGAGUUAUUGAGUCACGAGCAAGAAGGCAUGCGACAUGUAUCAAACACAUUACAGAAAGAUUUAGAGAGUAUUCAAACCAUUGAAGAGAAUCUCAAGAGUCAAAUGAAGCGAGACAAAAAGAGCAACAUACUGGUCGCAUCAUGA